AUGGAACAUGUCGAUACCUGGUAUGAAAUAGCCGAACGGAACAUUCGUUUAGCAUUAAUACUAGAAGAUGACGCCAUCUUCUUUCCAUAUUUCAAAGAAAAACUUCUUCGUAUGAUCUAUAGACUCCUGCACACUGGUGCAUUACGCUUCAACAAAAUCUGUCUAACACAAAAACGAAAGCAAAUCGCAUCGAAUGAAUGGAUAGAUCAAAAUCCGAUGUUUGUUAUCGGCACAUGUUUUCGGUUUCAUGAUGAACAUUUUCAAAAAUUUCCAUCCUAUGGAUUUCCACUGUUAUCCACACAAAAAUUCAAUGCAUCACGAUGUACACAUGCUUACCUAUUAACACCAUGCUCAGCUCGAGCACUGAUCGAAGAACUCCAAGUGCAGAAAAACGACUUUCAGAAUUCAGAUUUUUUGCAGAAUUAUUUAUUUCGUUUAUCAUCAACACUGCAAUCAUUCUGGAUUGAUCCGCCAUUGGCUUAUCAAGGCAAUCAAAUUCGUGACUAUGAUCAUAUUGAAACUUUUCGAAGUCAAACAUAUCUUGACUGA